AGUGCCGGUGCGCGCGAGGCAGGCAGGCAGGCAGGCGGGCGCUGGGAGUCUGUGCGAGGCGCCGGCACUGAGAACAAGUCCCUCCCUGGCCAGAAGCAGCCGCCGCUGCGGCUUUCCCCUGCCGAUCGCCGGACUCAGGUCCCUCAAUAUAAACCACCAUGGCUCAGAGAGAUGUCGAUAAGUAUCUUUAUGUGGACAAAAACCUCAUUAAUAACCCCCUGGCUCAGGCUGACUGGGCGGCCAAGAAGCUGGUAUGGGUCCCAUCAGAGAAGAACGGGUUCGAGGCAGCCAGCAUUAAGGAGGAAGCAGGUGAUGAGGCCGUAGUGGAGCUGGCUGAGAAUGGGAAGAAAAUAAAAGUAAACAAGGAUGACAUCCAGAAAAUGAACCCACCAAAGUUCUCCAAAGUGGAAGAUAUGGCAGAGCUGACUUGCCUGAAUGAGGCCUCUGUACUGCACAACUUGAAGGAGAGAUACUACUCAGGGCUCAUCUAUACCUACUCAGGCCUGUUUUGUGUGGUUAUAAAUCCCUACAAGAACCUGCCUAUAUACUCAGAAGAGAUUGUGGAUAUGUACAAAGGCAAAAAGCGGCAUGAGAUGCCCCCUCAUAUCUAUGCUAUCACAGACACUGCCUACAGGAGUAUGAUGCAAGAUCGAGAGGAUCAGUCCAUUCUCUGCACAGGUGAAUCAGGAGCUGGUAAAACAGAGAACACCAAGAAGGUUAUUCAGUAUCUGGCUCAUGUUGCUUCCUCACACAAGUCUAAAAAAGACCAGGGAGAACUUGAAAGGCAAUUGCUUCAGGCUAACCCCAUCUUGGAGGCUUUUGGAAACGCCAAGACAGUGAAGAAUGACAACUCCUCAAGAUUUGGAAAGUUCAUUAGAAUCAACUUUGAUGUCAAUGGCUACAUUGUCGGAGCCAAUAUUGAAACUUAUCUACUGGAGAAAUCGCGUGCAAUUCGUCAAGCCAAAGAAGAGCGAACCUUCCACAUCUUCUAUUACUUACUGUCAGGGGCAGGGGAGCACCUGAAGACUGAUCUGCUGUUGGAGCCUUACAACAAGUACCGUUUCCUUUCCAAUGGGCAUGUUACAAUCCCAGGUCAGCAAGAUAAAGAUAUGUUUCAGGAGACCAUGGAGGCAAUGAAGAUCAUGGGCAUCCCAGAUGACGAGCAAAUGGGUUUGCUAAAGGUUAUCUCAGGUGUUCUUCAGCUUGGCAACAUAGCCUUCAAGAAAGAGCGCAACACAGACCAAGCUUCUAUGCCAGACAAUACAGCUGCUCAGAAGGUGUCCCACCUUUUGGGUAUCAAUGUGACAGACUUCACUAGAGGAAUUCUCACUCCUCGCAUCAAAGUGGGACGAGAUUAUGUCCAGAAAGCUCAGACCAAAGAACAGGCUGACUUUGCCAUUGAGGCUCUGGCCAAAGCCACUUAUGAGCGCAUGUUCCGUUGGCUGGUGAUGCGCAUCAACAAAGCGCUGGAUAAGACAAAGAGGCAGGGGGCAUCCUUCAUAGGAAUCCUUGACAUUGCUGGCUUUGAGAUUUUUGAACUGAACUCAUUUGAGCAGCUGUGUAUCAACUACACAAACGAAAAGUUGCAGCAGCUCUUUAACCACACCAUGUUCAUUCUGGAGCAAGAGGAGUACCAGCGAGAGGGCAUAGAAUGGAACUUCAUUGACUUUGGCCUGGAUCUGCAGCCUUGUAUUGACCUCAUAGAGAAACCGGCUGGUCCCCCUGGCAUAUUGGCACUGUUGGAUGAAGAGUGUUGGUUCCCAAAAGCGACAGACAAAAGCUUUGUGGAAAAGGUGAUGCAGGAGCAGGGCAGCCACCCUAAGUUCCAGAAGCCGAAACAGCUGAAAGACAAAGCUGACUUCUGCAUCAUUCAUUAUGCUGGCAAGGUGGAUUACAAAGCAGAUGAGUGGCUGAUGAAAAACAUGGAUCCUCUGAAUGAUAAUAUUGCUACUCUUCUCCACCAGUCCUCGGAUAAGUUUGUGUCCGAGCUAUGGAAAGAUGUUGAUCGUAUAGUUGGGCUGGAUCAGGUGGCCGGCAUGUCAGAAUCAGCAUUGCCAGGGGCCUUUAAAACCAGGAAGGGUAUGUUCCGAACAGUGGGACAGCUCUACAAAGAACAGUUGGCCAAAUUGAUGGCUACCCUGCGGAACACCAACCCCAACUUUGUCCGUUGUAUCAUCCCCAACCACGAGAAGAAGGCUGGCAAACUGGAUCCCCACUUAGUCCUGGAUCAGCUGCGCUGCAAUGGUGUGCUGGAAGGAAUCCGUAUCUGCCGCCAGGGCUUCCCAAACAGAGUCGUCUUCCAGGAGUUCAGGCAAAGAUAUGAAAUCCUGACUCCAAAUUCAAUUCCCAAAGGAUUCAUGGAUGGAAAGCAGGCCUGCGUGCUGAUGAUCAAGGCAUUGGAGCUGGAUCCAAACCUUUACCGGAUUGGACAGAGUAAAGUAUUUUUCAGAGCUGGAGUCCUUGCUCACCUGGAGGAAGAAAGAGAUCUGAAGAUCACAGAUGUCAUUAUUGGGUUCCAAGCGUGCUGUAGAGGCUACCUGGCCAGAAAGGCCUUUGCUAAACGUCAGCAACAGCUAACUGCAAUGAAGGUACUUCAGAGGAACUGUGCUGCCUACCUGAAGCUACGCAACUGGCAGUGGUGGAGGCUGUUUACCAAGGUGAAACCCCUCCUGCAGGUCAGCAGGCAGGAAGAGGAGAUGAUGGCCAAGGAAGAAGAGCUGGUGAAGGUCAAGGAGAAACAGUUGGCUGCAGAAAACAGACUGAGUGAGAUGGAAACCCUCCAAACACAGCUAAUGGCAGAGAAGAUGCAGCUGCAGGAGCAGUUGCAGGCAGAAACUGAACUCUGUGCUGAGGCUGAGGAGAUAAGAGCCCGCCUAACUGCCAAGAAACAAGAGCUGGAGGACAUCUGUCAUGAUCUGGAGGCCAGGGUGGAGGAAGAGGAAGAACGGUGUCAACAUCUGCAGAUUGAGAAGAAGAAAAUGCAACAGAACAUUCAGGAACUGGAGGAGCAACUGGAGGAGGAAGAGAGUGCAAGGCAGAAGCUGCAGCUGGAGAAAGUGACCACUGAGGCCAAGGUGAAGAAAUUAGAAGAAGAUCUGAUCGUUCUGGAAGAUCACAAUCUCAAACUGGGCAAGGAGAAGAAACUCUUGGAAGAUAGAAUAUCUGAAUUCACAACCAACUUGACAGAGGAAGAGGAGAAGUCUAAAAGUCUGGCUAAACUUAAGAACAAGCAUGAAGCCAUGAUCACAGACCUGGAAGAGCGCCUGCGUCGUGAAGAAAAGCAGCGGCAGGAGUUGGAGAAGACCCGGAGAAAGCUUGAAGGAGACUCUGGUGAUUUGCAUGACCAGAUUGCUGAGCUGCAGGCUCAGAUCGCAGAACUAAAAAUGCAGCUGGCCAAGAAGGAAGAGGAGUUACAAGCAGCUCUGGCUAGGGUAGAAGAGGAGUCAUCCCAGAAGAACAUGGCCCUGAAGAAGAUCCGUGAGCUGGAAUCACAGAUCACUGAACUGCAAGAAGAUCUGGAGUCUGAGCGAGCAGCCAGGAACAAAGCAGAGAAGCAGAAGCGGGAUCUAGGGGAGGAGCUGGAGGCAUUGAAAACUGAGUUAGAGGACACACUAGACUCAACAGCUGCACAGCAAGAACUCAGAUCUAAACGGGAACAGGAGGUAACUCUUCUGAAGAAGACCCUGGACGAUGAGGCAAAGACCCAUGAGGCACAAAUCCAGGAGAUGAGGCAGAAACAUGCACAGGCUGUGGAGGAGUUGGCAGAGCAGCUAGAACAAACCAAGCGGGUAAAAGCGAACCUUGAAAAAGCAAAGCAGACUCUCGAGAGUGACCGUGCCGAGCUAUCCAAUGAAGUGAAAGUGCUUCUCCAGGGCAAAGGGGACUCUGAGCACAAGCGGAAAAAAGUAGAGACCCAGCUUCAAGAGCUGCAGGUGAAAUUUGCAGAGGGCGAGAGAGUACGGACAGAGCUGGCUGAGAAGGUCAACAAACUGCAGGUUGAACUGGACAACGUGACAGGCCUUCUGAACCAGUCGGACAGCAAGUCAAUCAAAUUAGCAAAAGAUUUCUCUACUCUGGAGUCACAGCUUCAGGAUACACAAGAGCUGUUGCAGGAAGAGACUCGCCAGAAACUGAGCCUCAGCACCAAGCUGAAACAGAUGGAGGAUGAGAAGAACAGCAUCAAAGAGCAGCUAGAAGAGGAAGAGGAGGCAAAGAUCAAUCUGGAGAAACAGAUUUCAGCCCUUCACCAACAGAUAGCAGACAUGAAGAAGAAGGUGGAUGAUGGCCUGGGCUGCUUAGAGAUGGUGGAAGAAGCCAAGAAGAAGCUGCAGAAGGACUUGGAAGCUAUGAGCCAGCAUUAUGAGGAGAAGGCAACUGCUUUUGACAAGCUGGAAAAAACAAAGACUCGGCUGCAGCAAGAGCUGGAUGACCUCACUGUGGACCUUGAUCACCAACGGCAAAUAGUCUCCAACCUGGAGAAGAAACAGAAGAAGUUUGAUCAGCUGUUGGCAGAGGAGAAAAACAUCUCCGCCAAGUAUGCAGAAGAGCGGGACCGUGCUGAAGCAGAAGCACGUGAAAAAGAGACCAAAGCCCUCUCUCUGGCUAGAGCCUUGGAAGAAGCCAUGGAGCAGAAGGCAGAGCUGGAACGACUCAAUAAGCAAUUCCGCACAGAGAUGGAGGACCUGAUGAGUUCCAAGGACGAUGUUGGCAAGAGUGUUCAUGAACUGGAGAAGGCUAAGCGAGCCUUGGAACAGCAGGUGGAGGAGAUGAAGACUCAGCUGGAAGAGCUGGAGGAUGAGCUACAGGCCACAGAAGAUGCCAAGCUGCGGCUAGAAGUGAACCAGCAGGCCAUGAAAGCACAGUUCGAGCGUGACCUUCAGGGCCGUGAUGAACAGAAUGAAGAGAAGAGGAAACAGCUGAUCAGACAGGUGCGGGAAAUGGAGGUGGAGCUAGAAGAUGAGAGGAAGCAGCGCUCCAUAGCUGUGGCUGCCAGGAAAAAGCUAGAGAUGGACCUAAAGGAUCUGGAGGGCCAGAUAGACUCUGCCAACAAGAACCGUGAUGAAGCCAUCAAACAGCUCCGCAAAGUUCAGGCACAAAUGAAGGAUUGUAUGCGGGAGCUGGAUGACACACGUACCUCUAGAGAAGAGAUUUUGGCACAGGCCAAAGAGAAUGAGAAGAAGAUGAAGAAUAUGGAGGCCGAGAUGAUCCACAUGCAAGAGGAACUUGCAGCUGCUGAACGUGCCAAGCGCCAAGCCCAGCAAGAGAGGGAUGAGCUGGCUGAUGAGAUUGCCAAUAGCAGUGGCAAAGGAGCUCUGGCCAUGGAGGAGAAGCGACGCCUGGAGGCCCGCAUAGCUCAGCUGGAAGAAGAGUUGGAGGAGGAGCAGGGCAACACUGAAAUGGUCAAUGACCGGCUCAAGAAAGCAAAUCUCCAGGUCGACCAGAUAAAUGCUGACUUGAAUGCUGAGCGCAGCAAUGCCCAGAAGAAUGAGAAUGCGCGCCAACAGAUGGAGCGCCAGAACAAGGAACUUAAGGUCAAGCUGCAGGAAAUGGAAGGCAUUAUGAAGUCCAAGUACAAGUCCAACAUCACGGCUUUGGAAGCAAAGAUAGCCCAGCUGGAAGAGCAGCUGGACUCGGAGACCAAGGAGCGCCAGGCUGCCAGCAAGCAGGUGCGCCGUACCGAGAAGAAGCUGAAGGAUAUAUUGCUGCAGGUGGAUGAUGAGAGACGCAAUGCUGAGCAGUUCAAGGAUCAGGUAGAUAAGUCCCACGUACGCUUGAAGCAGCUGAAGCGCCAGCUUGAGGAAGCAGAGGAAGAGGCCCAGCGAGCCAAUGCAGCCCGCAGGAAGCUGCAGCGUGAGCUGGAAGAUGCCACUGAAACGGCUGAUGCAAUGAACAGAGAGGUCAGCUCCCUCAAAAGCAAACUCAGGCGCGGGGACCUGCCCUUCGUUGUGCCACGUCGAAUGGGCAGGAAGGGUACAGGAGAAUGCUCCGAUGAAGAAGUGGACGGCAAGGCAGAUGCCGGUGAUGCCAAAGCUACUGAAUAAGUCUUCUCCUUUGACCCAGGUUACACAUGGAGUGACCCACCCACCCUCCCCUCUCCCAGUGGACUUCCUGCAAAUCCCCUCCUCCUAAAAUCUGCCAGGGAAUGCAAAGCUCUUCCAGAAAGGGCUCUGUCCCUGGAGCCAUUGGGCACCUGUAUUCCUCAUUUCCUCCUCUUUCCAGCUUCCAAAUCCUCUUUGUAUUUAAUGCCAAAGAGUCGGGGCUCUGAAAUCUGACCAGCGGUUUGGCAACUACAAAUACCCAUAGAACUGUCUGUGCCAUAGCUGCUGAUGAAUCCUUACAUGGUUGGAGGGAGAGGGGGUUAGGGUAAGAUAAUUUUGCUGUAAAUCUAUGUUUUCUUUGGAUCCCAAUCCUUGUAGAUGCAGGGAAAGUUCCUUCCCCUCUGCUCUCCCUCUUUGCUUUUGGCAAUCAUGUUCAGUGACCUCAGACCUCUGCCUCUAACCUGCUCACUGAGAUGGCUGGGGAGCAUUUUCAGGAAAUAAGUGAGCUUUGGCCAUGGCAGUUCACCCUUUCUUCUUUCUAGAGCCCUACAUGCGCACAGAGGGGGAAAAGGGGGAAGCUCCUCUUGGGAACAGCCACCUGGGGGACUUGCCAAAGUGAUAUCUUUUUUUUUUUUUUUUUUUUUCCUUGUUCUUACUGUCUGGACAGAUCUCUGAAGUGCAAUGAUGUCCUUUUUUUAGUGUCUCUGCCUCAGUCUGAGUGGUUUUGUCUCUGGUAGUGUGGACCAAUAGUUAGUGACAGGCAGAAGAAGCAGAAGGCUCUCUUGUUUGUUUGAGAAUUUCUUGGGGACCAAAUAUAUUUAAUGGUAUCAGACUGAAUCUAGGAGAAUUUAAUGGCAGGGGGGGGGGGGGAAUCCUUUUUUUUUUUUUUUUUUUUUUUUUUGACAUGUCCAAGCCUCUUGUACUUGCUCUGUAACCCGGGGUUGGGGUUAGUUAUUCUGCACCAUUGACUAAGAGUAUAUUAAAAACCCGUUAAUCUGCACAGAUACAUGUAAAAGGCCUUUAUAUCUCACAUAAUAAGUAAUUAAGAAAAAAAUAAAGGUCUUUAUCACUGCCUUUCUAUUGGGACCGUGGUUAUAUAGAGAUAGUCUUUACUUUUCUACACUGUACACUGGUUGCUGGAUUUACCUGUAUUCUUAACCAUGUUGUAUAUGCUGCAUUUAGACUUACCUAUGAGCAAAGUAAAAAAUAUGAAGCUCCAUACUGUAUGCCUGAAAGCGCUCUAAAUGCAGGAGCCUCGCGUCCCAAUCGCUGUCACACAAAAUUUAAAAUCUUUUUUUUUAUAUAAUAAAAGUGCCUUAGCAUGUGCCUCAGCUGUGUGUCACCAUUACAGUCAGUACUGGUUUACUGGUGCUCCACUGAUGUUACCAAUAAAGAUUAUCCAUGUGCUGCAG